UAUUGAGUCGGUGAAUUGGUUCAAAUUAAACACUAAUAUUAAUUUAUAAAAUUAUCAAUUAUUAAUUUAUUUUAGAAUAUAUAAUGUUAUUUAGGUUUACGAAUCAGCUAUUCAGCUUGCUAAAGGCGGGUUUAGUGAGACAGAAGACAUCGUUUUUUUGCACCCGUUGCAGACAGUCUACAGUAUAUAGACGCAGAGCGGCCCGUUUAACACAUCUACAUUUGUUUGUGUGUUUUUUAUUUAUUUAUUAGUAGUUCUCUUCUCUUUCUCGUAGAUAACGGAAAUAAGCAAAGUUUUAGAUGGGCUGGGUGUUACGGGCCCAAUGGGUAUUUGUUUCGUAUAAAAUCUCUCUGAAAACCCUAUUUAUCUUAAAUUAAAAACUAAAAAGAUCGAUUGAAGCCAGUGGGGAAGGAGAGAUCAGUUGUGACUUGUGUGCAUCCUAUUUCGACGAGGUCACGCACGACGAUGACUUUGAGGCUUCCAUCUGAGUUGGAAGAGGAAAUCAUCUCCAGAGUUACAUUUAGAAUUCUUGCGAAGUGGAGAUCUGUAUGCAAGCUUUGGAAUAGUAUGAUCUUGGACCAGAGUCUCAUUCUGAAGAACUUGUCCCGUACGCACAUCGGCGAUAGCCGUGAUCAUCGGUUUAUCAUCUCCCACGAUGGAUGUCUUUCUUCCGUGAGCACUGAGGAGCAGGUACUUACUCCUUCCGAAAACCUUAGCCUUGGAAGAGUUCAUCCAACGCGAAUCAUUAAGGUGUACAAGGUUGUGCACUGCAACGGUCUGUUGUUGUGUGUCAUGGACAACAAGCUUUUGGUUUGGAACCCGUUACUGAAAGAAAUGUGUUGGGUCAAAUGCGGCAGCGACUUUCACGCAUAUGAUGAUGCGUACAGCCUUGGAUACCUCAGCCCUUGUGAUUACAGGAUCUUACGGUUUCGAUGUGCUAGUAAUUCAAGAAACAGACCUCCAAGAGUUGAGGUCUGCCAACUCUCAUCUAAGACAUGGAAGUGUGUAGAUAUGAUCAGUCCUUUUGAUUGGUUCCUUAGAAUACCACUGGCGAUACUCUCUUUGAGAGGAACUCCUUAUUGUAUUGCUCUUCGUGAAGAUCACACAGCUUUCCUGCAAAGCUUUGAUUUUUCCAAAGAAAUAUUCCAACCGAUAGAUCAGCUACCCUUCAGGUACGAUGAACGGAAUCCUAUUGCACUCGCGACUUAUAAAGGAGACCGGCUUUCCGUGUUAGAGCAAUGUCAUGAAACAAGGACCAUUUGCAUAUGGGUUAAGUAUUGGCUCUUACGUCCUUGGAGCAGAUUGAUGGUCGUGGCUAUACCGCAUUCUCCUCUAUUACAUCCACCUUCAAGUCGUAUUUCAACAUCUUUUUUUGUUGACAAAAACUGUAGGCUCGUCGCAACUUCUGUUGAAUUCAAUGGAUUCGUUGAUGCUGUUAACAUUUACAGAGUCAUCGGCGAGAACAAGUUUGAGAAAAUUGAAGAAGAACAUAUCGCGGGAACUGCUUUUUCUUUUCAAUGCAGCUUCGUUCCGAGUUUUGUCAGGCUUCCUGGGUUUCUGAAGCAAGACACAAAGCGGAUUCGUUGGAGAAGAAAGAGAUUCAACUAGUCUUGUUUUGCUGAUGUGUUUUGUGCUUCUUGUUUCUAACUUUCUGGCUAAUUAUUGAA